UGUUAUUGUUUCAGGCAAAUAUAAAUGGUCGUGUCUUGGCUCAGUGCAAUAUUGAUGAACUGAAAAAAGAAAUGAAUAUGAAUUUUGGGGACUGGCACCUGUUCAGGACCAUGAUACUUGAAAUGAGAAACUCAGAAAAUCAGGCUGUUCAGGAAGAUUCUCGUGGAGCAACUGAGCACGUUACAACUGCGAUUCCUCACAGUGAACUUACCCGCCGUCCUGGGCAUAACACUGAGUUGCCUCACACUGAGCUGACAAGUCUUGCUGGUCAAGCUCCCUACACACUUAACUUCAGCUUUGAAGAACUCAACACAAUCGGUCUUGAUGAAGCUCCUCCACGCCACAGUAACUUAAGUUGGCAGUCACAAACUCGUAGAACUCCAAGUCUUUCAAGUCUUAACUCUCAAGAUUCUAGUAUUGAAAUAUCCAAGCUUACUGACAAGGUGCAGGCAGAGUACAGAGAUGCAUAUAGAGAGUAUAUUGCUCAGAUGUCACAGUUAGAAGGAGGUGCCAAUUCUACUACAGUAAGCGGGAGAUCCUCCCCUCAUAGCUCAAGUGCUUUCUAUAUGGGGCAGAGUACAUCAGGGGGUUCCUUGCACUCCAGUUCAGAGCAGGAAAAAGGAAAAGAUGGUGAACAGAAACAAGACGAUGGAAGAAAGUCCUUCUUGCUGAAGAGAAAUGAUGUUGUUGACUACAGCACUUCAGGUGUUUCUACUAGUGAU